AUGGGGAAAGUAACUAUACUUGUUCUUUUAAUUGUUUCACUCCAUGUUCAGAAAAUCUACACUUCUAAAAUUGACUUGAUUUCAGAUUCAAGGUUUUUGACAGAAGCAUACACGUUGGUCUCACAGACCGGAAUUUUUAAACUUGGGUUUUUUAGGUCUGGAAACUCUGAGAACAAAUACGUUGGUAUUUGGUACAAGAAAAUCUCCGUUCAAACAGUGGUUUGGGUCGCCAACAGACACUUGCCACUCCCUAGUGCAUCAUCUGACACACUAAGGAUCAUCUCUCCAGGAAAUAUUGUCCUCAUUGACGAGACUAAUGAUGUGGUAUGGUCAUCCAAUACAACCUCAUCAGUCAACGCAAUUGCACAACUUGAUGACACCGGAAAUCUAAUUGUCAAAGAAAGAAUCAAGGAGAAGUUUCUCUGGCAGAGUUUUGAUUAUCCAACCGAUACACUUCUACCUGGCAUGAAGUUACACUACAAGGAUAUGGAGCUAUGCAGACGACACUUAUCCCGAUGA